AUGGGGCCAGUCGCCUACUUCAGCCUCUGCCUCCUCGGCUGCCUGAUCUUUAACCCCUCGCUUGAAGGAAUCGGGGCCUCGUCCUGUCCCAGUGGCUGGCUGAUCUACCGAGGACACUGCUAUGGCUUCUUCCCCAUAAAGAAGACCUGGGCAGAGGCUGAGCUGGAGUGUCAGUAUCUGCACAAAGGGGCCCAUCUCGCCUCCAUUCUCAGUGACGCAGAAGGGACCACGGUGGCCAGACACAUCAGCGAGUCAGGCUUCAAGGAUAACGUCUGGAUCGGACUCCAAGACCCCCGGCACUACAGACACUGGAGGUGGACCGAUGGCUCCCUGUAUCGCUACAAAGCUUGGAACAUCAAGGAACCAAACAAUGACCAUGGUGUCGAGUACUGUGUGGAGCUGGUGAGCUACCGGGAUUUUAAGAAGUGGAACGAUGCUCCCUGUAACCAGCCAAACGGCUACGUUUGCGAGUAUCAACCCUAGCGAGGGGAGUCACACGCCUGCGCCUGAAGGGGGAGCUCAGCGCCUGGGAUGUAAAAGAACUGGGCUCCUUGGCUGUGAUCAGACAACGGCCCAGACUUUCCAAUGCCUUUGCUGCAUCGAGGGCCUGUCCCCUCCCUCCCUGAGAGACCAGAUCUCACUUCCCCAGCUGCAAACUCUCUUCCCCCAAGUGUCUCUGUUCUAGUUACACGCCUGCC